AUGGGAGGGACGGCUCGGGAGAGCCCGGAGGACUGCCGCUUUCUGGACGCAGAAGCAUCCAAGACGCGAAAGAAGACCUGCACCAGAUACCAGAUCUGUGGGCUGCUCUUCAGCGUGCUGCUCAUUUCUCUUAUUUUGAUAUUUUUUGGUGUCAAAUAUCUCUGGAACCCAACACCCAGAAAAGUUUACGACAUGGAACACACGUUCUUCAGCCACGGCGAGAAGAAGAAGAUUGUGAUGGAGAUUGACCCGCUGGCCAGGACAGAGACCUUCAGGAGCGGGAAUGGCAGCGAGGAAAUCCUGGAGAUCCAUGACUUCAAAAAUGGAAUAACUGGCAUCUUCUUUGUCGGUCUUCAAAAAUGUUUCAUCAAAACUCAGACUAAAGUUCUGCCUGAGACGACAGAGGCCAAGAUCCCUGAGCUCGAGGGAGAAGAAAUCACAACCACCUACUUUGAGCAGUCCGUGGUCUGGGUGCCUGGGGAAAAGCCCAUUCAGAACAAGGAAUUCCUGAAGAGCUCCAAAAUUUUUGACAUCUGCAGAAAUGUGACCAUCUACUGGAUUCACCCCACGCCGAUAGCAGCUCCUGAGCUGGCCAACCUUGAAGGGGCAGAAGAAGAAGACCCUGAGCUGCUUGUGGACAACCAGAGCUGGUUGGAUGGGGGGAAUGAACAUGAGGUGGAGAAGGAUGCGCAGCCAGGGCCCAAGCGUCGGGCACGGCAGCUCACCGAGGAGGACCUGCCCGUCAAUGACUACUCGGAGAACGGGCUGGAGUUCCACCCUUUGUGGGAUGAGCGAGGUUACUGCUGUGCCCAGUGCCGCCGUGCCAACCGCUACUGCCGGCGGGGCUGCGCAAAACCCCUCCUGGGUUACUACCCCUACCCCUACUGCUACCAGGGUGGGAGGGUCAUCUGCCGAAUCAUCAUGCCCUGCAACUGGUGGAUUGCACGGAUGCUGGGCAGGGUGUAGCACCCACCGUGCAGCACCCA